AUGCAACGGCAUUCUCCUGACAAUGCUCUGGAACCAAAUGAAGGAGUUCACUUGUACAUGGAAAAUGAGGAGGUAGAUCACAGUGAAAGCUCUUCAGAGAACAGCGAUUCAGAGAGCAUCCUGUGGACUCCCUCUGAAAAUAUGGACCUUGCCUCUAGGCAGGACAAAGAGUCUUCCGAUACAUUGAUUCAGAGAAGAGGUCGUCGGGGUCCUCAGAACAAGUCUCCAAAGAGUCCCUCAGCAGAGUAUGGCAGUGGCCAGGGUAGCCUCUUCCAAUUUGAUAGGCAAGCGCCCGGGCGGAUUUCAACCUCUCCCACCUUGAGGCGGCUCAGAAACAGCACCUCUCAGCUGCCCCCUCAUCAGGACCCUUUGGAAACAUCUAAUUGGGGAAACUGGAAGGGGGGCCUGGGUUCUCUGAGUUCCCCUUAUGGAAGUCUUCCCAGAAGCCCCAAGGCUUGCUCUCACUCUCUGUCAUACUUGAGCCUUAGUCCCAAAGCGUCUCCCCACUUGCAAACAAUUACUUCAUUCAAUUUUACGAACUUCAGAUCCAGUUGUCCAUGUCCAACAAACAGCCACACAGACAACAGUGCUUGUCCUGGGCCACAGACCAACAAUACCGCCCACUCCAACCAUAUUUCUCUACCUGGGAAAGAACAUCAGCCUCAAUUUGGAUCUCUGACCCACGACAAAUGGAAUCAGGGAGAAGAAUCUUACCAGUCUAGGUUGUACCAGCACAGGCGAAGUUCAGUGGUCGUGAACCUACCUGGACUUGAGGUGUUCCCUGGAGAUCUCCUGGUGCCAGAUGGAGUGGCCAGCUACCUGUGCCACCCAGCCCUGCUGCUGAAUUCAGAACCCAAAAAGCCGAGAUGGCCGUUCUCCAAGAAAGGCAUGAGCAAAGACAAACAAAAGCAAGCAUUUGACCUGAAAAAUUGCCUUUCCACCAUUAAGAUUACCGACUGCAGUGGAUAUGAGUUUCACAGCUUGAAGGAUAAGACCUGGGAAGAAGUUCUGGAAAGACAUGAAAAGCUUCCUAGUGAGCCACCAGACUUGAGAAAGCAGCAGGAAGCUGUGUGGGAACUCUUCACCAGUGAAUGCACCUAUUAUUUAGACCACUUGCUAGUUCUUAAGAUGGUCUUUAUGAAUACACUCAAAUACCUGCAAAACUAUGAAUGCCUCCUGGAUGUGGAUUUGUGGAGACUUUUUGCAAACCUUGAAGAGUUAAGUCAGGUCAGUCUCAGCUUCCUGAGCUGUUUUUUCAGCACCAUCAAGGACUACAUAAAUUCAUCUGGCUCUGCAUCCUCCAUGGAUUUCAUCUCUGUGCUCUCCAAGCAUUUCCGAGGGCGCCUCUGUCAGAGCCACCAGAUUUACUGCCUUAAUUACACUUCCGCCAUCUUCUAUCUCGAGAGCUUACGACAGAGAGAAGACUUUGGAAUCUAUUUAAAGUGGUGUGAAAGGCAUGAUCAGUGCAAACGACUCCACCUCCCUGAACUGCUGGUGACUCCCCUGCACCGGCUGACCAGGUACCCGCUGCUCCUGAAAAACAUCUGGAGAAGGAGUACCGACGCCAGGGAGAAAAUUACCAUCUACUCCCUCAAGGAAAAAGUGGAGAAGGCAAUUCGUGACCUUGAAGGAAAAGUGAAAUGGCUUGACAAUUUCCAAAAGUUUCGGCACCUCCAGGAGAUCAUAGUGUGGCCUCCACUUUGGGAUCGAGAUAAAAGGUUCUUCAUACCAGAGUGCCUGAAACACAUUUUUAAGGAACACUUGGCAGAAAACAUCUUGUCACCAGCCAACAGACACCUCCUUCAUGAGGGGAAGUUGACUCUUGCAGAGAGCACCAGAUUCCUAGAUGUCUACCUGUUUCUGUUUGAUGACUUCCUAUUAAUCACAAAAACAAAACACAACAAAAAGAAACUUGGGGGUUCAGACGCAAGUUUAGUCUGUCCUUCCCUUACCCCUGAGCUACAGGGGAUGAUUAAAGAAGGUGGUUCUUGUACAGUACUCGAUCAACCCAUUCCUUUGGACCGGCUGGUGGUUAAAAAUAUUGACCCAUUCCACAUAUCAGUCUUUGGGCUCAGAAAUGCUUUCCUUCUACAACACAAAAACCGUUAUCAACAAUGUAUAGCAGCCUUCUUGUUGCAAGCACAAACGGAAACAGCCAAAAAAACAUGGAUGGUACAAAUAAGAAUGGCAACCUCUUGCUUCAUGAAGAGAUAUGAGACAAAGAAAUCCUCCUACACUUCGCCUGCAGAAUCCUCCGAGAUCUAGGGGCCAGAAUACAAUGACUACAUUUACUAUCACUUUUUAGCUAGUGAUAGAGGCUGCUCUAGUGAUUUCAUUGGUAUAGAAUGAGGACAUGCCCUCCACCUGCUCAAUACCUUCUCCAUAACUUG